UACGGACCUACUGGUUACAUCCUCCGCGCUGUGCAAUUCAUCUUUGCCGCCAUCAUCCUCGGUCUGUUCUCCGACCUUAUCGCGAACAAGGCCGUCGGUGGUUCCAACUCCCAGGUCAACUACUCCGAGUUUUUGGCUGUUUUCUCCCUCUUCUCUCUCAUCAUCUGGGCUGCCGGUAUCUUCUCCCCAUUGGGUCACCCCUUCAUCCAGCUCGCCCUCGAUGUCCUCAACUUGCUCUUCACUCUCGCCGGUGGUAUCGCCAUGGCUGUCGUCUUGAGGGUUCACUCUUGUGGUAACCAGGAUUACAUCAACAGCAACAAGGUCAUCAACGGUUCUUCCCACAGGUGUCGCGAGGCUCAGGCCGGUACUACUUUCAUCUGGUUCUUGUUCGGUGCUUACCUCGCCUCUACCAUCACCUCCGCCAUCACCGCU